GAGCUUGUCAGAUCAACAGGUGGGGUGUGAACAGAGACCGCGCUUGUGGCGCAAACCACGAUACGAGUGUUUGUAAGACAACUGGACGUGGUGAGGUUACCACGGGCUUCUUCGGUUCGAGAUGACCCCCACGAUCUUGGGUGUCAAACUGUCUGGGUGGUGCAAUCGAUGGUCGUUAUGCCCUUGGCGCAAGCAUGAGAACGUAUUCCCUGGUGCUGGAGCCGAACUGAACCAUGUCCUUAUUCCGUAGCUCCAAAUAGCGACUCUCUGGGAUCUUGUCGCCGUUGAGCAUGGUGCCAUUGGCGCUCUCGAGGUCUAUCAGGUAUGGUUUCACCCGGCCAAUCUUGUCGCCAAACUCGUUCCGCUUCUCGGCGUAUCGGAACUGAAUAACGGCAUGCUGCUUGCUGAUGCUUGGAUGUUCGGCAAGAAGAUCGACAACGGCUUGCUCCCUCCCAACUAGCCAGCAGCUGCGACUGCCAAGAUCGAUAGUAUCAACAAUCUCUUCGCCCUUGAAAACAAACAGCUUCCACUCGUCGCGUGGUGAAGGUUUCCGUGCCUCUGCUGGUUCAUGGUAUUUUAGGGUGAUGGUCGUUCCGUCCGCUUGGGUCACCGAGUUGGAAGCAGCAGCCAGGGCGCCCGAGUUGCCGAAGUUGGGCUUUUCCUUGGGCUUCUCAGGCUCGCCGCCGUUACUGACUGCAAAAGAGUCAUCCUGGGAGGGCAAGGGGCCACGAUGUUUGACAAGAUUUCGCUGGCUAUCCGACCUUGCCUCGCGCGGCGCGCUCGGCCGUGAGGGUGAAUGUCGACCCUCUGAACUACGAUGGCGCCUCCGACGUUCUCUGCCGCUAUUACCCGAGUCGCCAUCGUCGCGUGGCUUCCUGCUGUCUCGUUCCGCACUCCUGUCCCUGUGGCUGCGGUGAUCUCGGUCCCGAUCUCUGUGGCCAUCCCUUUCCCUUCUCCUUUCCCUGUCUCUAUCUCUGUCUCUUGAGCGAUCCCGACCUGUUGGCGACCUUGAGCGCCGUCUAUGUCCGCGCUCGCGAGAUCGUGUUCGGUAGCUGCUGCCUCUCUCUGUGUCUUCUUCCCGAUGCUUACUUUUGCGGCCUUCGGCGCCGUCUCUUGGCUCCCUGUUCCUGUCGUGCUUUGUCGAACGCGACCUGUGGCUAUCUUGUCUUGGAGAGUGGUCGCCCAUUGUUACUGAUUUUGAACCCUAACCCAAAAAAGUCGAAGUGAAUGGUUUUUCUGUGUGUUGAUUCAAAGGGCAGGUUCAAAGGGUCGAUAACAGCAAUUGCUGGAGGUGAAUGCGCGACGCCUUUCAUUCAGUGGGGCUUCCAGCAGCCAGCUCGCAGGGGGCCCGCAGCCUGGGCGUUGUGGGGGCAGCCUGUGCAGGGGCCUUCCAAAAGGCAGCCCACGCUCACAGAGGGAUCACCGAAUGACUCCAGCCUUACAUAAUCCGUCCCUGGCCCACCUGGCUGGAGCCUAGCUGCUCUUGGUCUCUCCCACCUUCCGACUGCUCACUGUUCACUGCUCACUGCUGACUGUUGUUCGCCUGACCACUGCCAACUCCACCCUCUGUCAUCAGCCCGACCCUCGGAUGCCUUCAUAGCAUCACAUCCUCUUGCUCUUUCUGUCCUCUUCAACCAUAAACCACAUUCUCAGUGUCCUGCACCUGUCAUUUUAGCUCCCGGUUGCCCAGCACCCUCCGAACCAAGGAACCUGCGCAUACUCUCGGUCGCUAAGUGACGAGUAACAAGCCCAGCAGCCAGCCAGUCACCCACCGGCCGCCGUGUCUUCGAUCCGUUCUACGUACGGUGCUAUUGUUAUCAAAUCAAGAACAACGGGAGACAUUCCUCUCGUCUGAUUACCCACCGCUCUUAUAAGCCAUCGUUUCCCGUCAUCCUCCCACUCACCCAUCGACCUUCUUCGCCUCGGGUGGCGUUACCGACACUGCCCCAUCCUCUUAUAUAAGCCGGCACCAUUCCCGCCACAAGAAAGCGGAAAGCCGCUGAGGCGACGAUUUCCUCUGGAAAUAUCACGGCUCCUAACAAGAGGGUUCUCGCUUCAGCUGGCCCAGAUACCGCUCCUCCCACUCCCGUCACCACAUCCUCCAACAUGGACACUGACGACGAGUUCAUGUCUACUGUCUCUAGUGAGGAUGAUAUGCUCCCGGAUGACAGCGACAAUGACAUCUCUGGUGAUGAUGACUUCGGAUUCGACGACGAGCCAGAUCCGGAUCUCGGCAUCCAGCAAGACAUAGGCCAGAAUAAGAGAGCGCCUUACGAUGUCAGCUUCAGGGUCUACGAGCCGCAGGACAUACAACAGCAGCAAGACGUUCUAAUCGACGAAGUAAACAUGAUUUUAAACAUCUCAAAAGAGGAAUCGGCAAUUCUAUUGCGGCACUUCAGGUGGAACAAAGAGCGUCUCUUGGAGCAGUACAUGGACCACCGGGAGAAGGCUCUUGAGGCUGCUGGUCUCUCCCAAACGACAUCGGGUCCACCAAAGCUGGAAGUGAUACCCGGGUUCUGCUGCGAUAUCUGCUGCGAGGAUGAGGAAGGCCUACAAUCGUUUGCCUUGAAGUGCGGCCACCGCUUCUGCGUCGACUGUUACCGCCAUUAUCUGGGUCAAAAGAUCCGAGAGGAAGGCGAGGCUGCGCGCAUCCAGUGUCCUGCCGAGGGUUGUAACAUCAUCAUCGAUGCUAGAUCAUUGGACCUGCUCGUAACCGCCGAGCUGACGGAACGAUACCACAAACUGCUCAACCGCACCUAUGUCGAAGACAAGGAAACGCUAAAGUGGUGUCCCGCCCCUGACUGCCAGAACGCCAUCGAGUGUGGCAUCAAGAAGAAGGACCUGACGAGGAUCGUGCCCACAGUCGCUUGCUCGUGCAGCCAUCGGUUUUGCUUUGGGUGCAUCCUGAACGAUCACCAACCUGCCCCUUGCGAGUUGGUAAAGAAGUGGCUCAAAAAAUGUGCCGAUGACAGCGAGACGGCGAAUUGGAUUUCGGCCAACACCAAGGAGUGUCCCAAAUGCAAUAGCACCAUCGAAAAAAACGGAGGUUGCAACCACAUGACGUGUCGUAAGUGCAAGCAUGAGUUUUGUUGGAUGUGCAUGGGUCUGUGGUCGGAGCAUGGGACGAGCUGGUACAAUUGCAACAGGUUUGAGGAAAAGAGCGGGACGGAUGCCCGUGAUGCCCAGGCCAAAUCCAGGGUCUCUCUGGAGCGUUAUCUCCAUUACUACAACCGCUACGCCAACCACGAACAGUCUGCCCGCCUGGACAAGGACCUUUUUGCGAAGACGGAGAAGAAGAUGGUUCAGCUGCAAAAGGAAUCGGGCAUGUCGUGGAUCGAGGUUCAGUAUCUCAGCGCAGCCUCGAUGGCACUGCAGACCUGCCGACAGACGCUCAUGUGGACGUACGCUUUUGCCUUUUAUCUUGCCAGGAACAACUUGACAACGAUUUUUGAGGACAAUCAAAAGGACUUGGAGUUGGCGGUCGAGUCUCUUUCCGAGAUGUUUGAGAAGCCCGUAACUGAGCUUGCGGAUAGCAGGCUCAAGGUGGACAUCAUGGACAAGACAUCCUACUGCAACAAGCGGCGGAUCAUCUUGCUUGACGACACGGCCCGGAAUUUGUCAGAAGGGAAAUGGAUCUUCAAUGUGGAAUUCAGCAAUCCGACGCCAAUCAGCGGGCCAAGCUCCCGUAAGUAGGAGUCACCCGUGGAGAUACCCAGAGAGUCACGCAUGGAAACACCAGAGACACCAGAGAGGCCCGACAACUUUUGGGACUUCAUUGCGAUAUCCGACGACGACUUUUCAGCACUUUGUGAUUGAG